AUGAAUUAAGGCCUCUGCUUUUUCAGCUGUAUCCAAUAUAACUAAAUUUAAUAAACAUUGACAAAUUUCUUCUUCAGAGUGAGAUCAGACUUUGGCAACUGGAAUGAUAGUAUCAGAUUAAAUCCAUUUAUCGUGCUUAGGAGAAAGAACGCCUGGUAUUCCAUGGAAAAUAAAUCCUGUGCUAAUGUCACAGAUGAUCCAAGCGAUGGCAGAACAGCAUCUGCAUUUAAAAUAAGAUUUUAAAUCUGCAAUGCGAGCUGUCUAUCUGAGCUGUCAGUCCAACAUUGUCCCUAGAGAAGAAAACAAGCUGUAUUUUUCUGGUGAAAUUCACGUCAUCUGUCUUGAAGGCACUGGAUGGCAGAACUGCUGAAGGUAGGACACUUCCUUCAAAAUGCUUGCUGCUGUGAUAAUGAAGCAAAUCUGAGGAAGAACUAAGACCAAAAUGUGUUGCUUCUGACAUCCGCAAAACAAGCUGCACAGGAGGCGGAAGCUGUUCCGUAGAGUCCUCUUAGCUGGGAAAAACGAGAUUGUGGCAGAGAGCAAGCAGGCAUUGUUGAAGCAGAGAAGUGCCCACUGCUCCCCAGAUAGCAAAAGGCUUUUGUUUUUUUGCACUGUCGGUGUUUUGGUUGCCAGCUGGGCUGAAGCACUCUGAUUUCAGUGUACCGACUGGCCCUCUGGUUCAUUCGAUUCCUCCCAGAUGAAGCCAAAUGAAGAACGAGAACUAGAAAACCACACGCUUGUGACGGAAUUUGUCCUCUCUGGAUUGUCCAGCCACCCAGAACUGCAGAACUUGCUGUUCUUCACAUUCUGCUUGAUUUACACCUUCACCAUCACUGGAAACCUCCUCAUCUUCCUGGUCACAUUGCAUCCCAACCUCCAUAUGCCCAUGUACUUCUUCCUCCGGGUCCUGUCCUUCCUGGAUAUUUCCACAGCAUCCAUAGUUGUCCCCAGGAUGCUGGUAAGCUUCCAGGCAGAGGACAGAAAAAUUUCCUAUGUAGGCUGCGCCUCACAGCUCUACUUUGUCAUUUUCUUGGGGGCCACCGAAUGCUACCUUUUGGCAGCUAUGGCCUAUGACCGCUACGUGGCCAUAUGCAACCCCCUGAGGUACGCCAUCAUCAUGAGCAGAAGAGCUAGCCUUUCCCUAGUCCUGCUGUCAUAUUGCAGUGGUAAUGUAGUGUCCGUGGUGCAGACAACAUGGAUGUUCACACUGCCAUUUUGUGGGCCCAACAAGAUUAACUACUUCUUCUGUGAUAUCCCUCCACUCAUCAUGCUCUCCUGCACGGACACCUCCUUGUACGAGAAGCAGAUUGUUACAGCCACCGUGCUGGUCAUCUUCACACCGUUUUGUCUCAUCCUGGUAUCCUAUGCCUGCAUCGUCUCCACCAUCCUCAAGAUUUCCUCUACAGAGGGCAGACGCAAGACCUUCUCCACCUGUUCUUCCCAUCUCAUUGUUGUGACGCUUUAUUAUGGCAGUGGGACCUUGAUUUACUUACGGCCCAAGUCCAGUAAUUCACAGGACACUAAGAAAGUCUUGUCUCUCAUAUAUACUGCUAUAAUCCCCAUGCUAAAUCCCCUGAUUUACAGCCUGAGGAAUAAGGAAGUGAAAGCAGUGAUAAUCAAAAUUUUAGCUGACCUGAGGAAGGUAUAAACACGCACUGCUGAAAGGAAGCUUUCUCCUCCUCUGUAUGUUUGUUUUGGUUUUGGUUAUUUUUCUUUCAUAUUUCACUCUUUUUAAAUGCCCUGAUAGCUUGAAAUUCUGGAAAAAUGGAUGUGUUUCAAAGUGUGCUUUGCAUCUUUGUGUGUCUUUUGUUCACUAUGAGUGUAUAUUGAUUACUAAUUACUAAUUCAGUAUUCAUGAUUUAUGAUCAGAUGUUGGUGAUUGAAGUUUUUCUUUUU